UUUGAUACAGUCGAGCGACAUUGAUGCUAGAUAGAUAUUUGAUAAAAGAAACGAAUUUAUCAAAAACGUAGAUGGAUAGAAAAAAGAAGUCUAUGGGAUUCGUACAGGGACACGGUUAAUAAGCGAACCAACGUUGGUGUCCCCGACACACAACCAUGCUUGCUUUGUCCUUAUUCUCAUUUCCCUCAUCAUCGUCUUGUGACACCUCCCACACCAUACCCACACUUAUACAUGAAGAGAUUGCCAUUUGCUAACUGGAGAGAAAUUGGAACCACAGAGAGAUGGAGGGAGGUGUCAAAUUGGACAGAUGGGGAUACCAAGUCAAUACCACUUCCGAUGCUUGCAUCUCUGCCAUCAACUCUUAUUAUCACCAGGUGCUAAGCUAUGGGAGAGAGAGACGUGUGAUUCUGGAUGCGCCUAUUCAUGACCAGGAUUGCUUAUUAGCCAACCUUUUAGCUGCUCAUUUCCUCUGCUCUACCGAUCCUUCUCGAGCUCCUUUCCAUUUCCAGGCUGCCAAGUCUCGACUUGAACAAGCAACCUCAUAUGAAAAAGCGGUUUUUGAUGCGAUUAAUUCUUUGAUUUCAGAGAACAGAGACGAUGAUGUUGCUGUUGAAUGUCAUGCCAAGCUCUUGAAUGACUACCCAAAAGAUCUAGUUUCUCUUAAAAGGGCUCAACUGUUAUGUUUCUACAUGGGUAGACCUGACCUGUCUCUGGGCCUUGUCCAACAGGUUCUACCCAAAAAUGAACAAGAAGAUUAUAUAUAUGGCAUGCUUGCUUUUCCAUUACUGGAGCUGGGCCGAAUGGCCGAUGCAGAGAAAGCUGCAAGAAAGGGAUGUGAAGUAAACAAGCAUGAUUACUGGGCACAACAUGCUGUAUGCCAUGUUCUUCAGUAUGAGUGUCAUUUCAAAGAAGCGGUAGAGUUCAUGGAAGAAUGUUCGUCUUCUUGGAAUUCUUGUUCAUCAUUUAUGCUGACGCAUAAUUGGUGGCAUGUAGCUCUUUGUUACUUGGAAGGUCAUGCUUCAAUGCAAAAAGUACUAGGAGUUUAUGAUCAUCGUAUCUGGAAGGAGUUGGAAAGAGAUGAUGCCACAUCUCCAGAGGUGUACUUGAAUGCCUUGGGUUUAUUAUUGCGUGUGUACGUGCGGGAUACACUUGAUGUCUUUGAGGACCGUAUGAAGGUCUUAGCAGAUAGAGUAAAAGACGAAACGUAUCUUCCUUGCUUCGCAGGCAGUGAUUUCAUAAUAUCACUAAUGCAUGCCAACUGGCAUUUGGAAUGGCACCUUGACCUGUUGAUAUUAUGGGCCUUAGCUAAGACUGGUGAACUAUCAAAAGCAGAAGAUUUACUCAAGGGCUUGAAAUCCAGAAUUUGUAGUAUGAACAAGAAGAAGCAACAAAGAAUGCAGAGAGGAAUGCUGCUUGCAGAAGCCCUGUAUGAGUAUGGGAGGGGUAACAACAAAAAAGCGCUGGAAGUACUAGGUCCUGAUUUUGAUGCCAAUGAUUGCAAGAUGAUUGGAGCAUCUGAUGAGCAACUUGAGGUAUUUAAUGAAGUCUGGUAUGAUAUGUUGCUGAAUGCUGGACAAGCUACCAAGGCAAUUGAAGUAAUUGAGAAACGUAUCAAGAAGAGAGAAGGAGCCCCUUUCAUGUGGCGCCUGCUGGAGAGGGGCUAUGCAAUGACCGGCAGGCAGGAAGCUCAAGUUGCUGGUGAGAAGGCUAGGGCAUUAGAAUCUGCAUACUUCAUUUAGAUGGUAUGAACAUGCAACUAUUGUGCAUUGCUGUUGUUAGCAGUUAGAAAGGUGGAAUCAUCGUUCGCCGAAGAAUCUGAUCUUUUUUAUAAUGUAUGUAAAUCCUGCUCGUUAAGAUGCUUAUUUUCAUCCUAAGAUGGUCUGGACAAAAAAACAGAUGCUUCCAUUAGAAUUCCACUCAUAGAUAAUGUAAAAGUGUAAGUUGAAUAAAAAAAGUCUCUCUUGUUUCUUUUCA